AUGCCGCUGUUCGGAUCAUCGUCGAGAUCAAAGCUACCUCUACCUUUCCUGAGCCGGAAUAAACAGAAUUCGCCUGCUCAGAAGUCAACAUAUAGCAAUAACAAAUCUACAGGAAGCCGUCAUUCAGAUCCCCCGCCAGCAUACACACCCGUCUCAGCCACCUCGACGACGGCUCCAAGCUUCCCAGCUGCAUCAAGUGAGGGUGGCUCUCUGGCCGCGAGUCCAGACCAGCCAGACUCGUUUCUCGCCCAAUUCGAUACCGUUUUCCUCAUUGACGACAGCGGUAGCAUGCGAGGGGCCAGUUGGAAAGCUACCGAGAACGCGUUGGCCAAGAUUGCCCCCAUCUGCACCGCUCAGGAUAAGGAUGGGAUAGAGAUAUACUUCCUCAACCACCGCUCGGACUCCUCGAAUGGAGCAUACUCCAACAUCCGGGACACAGGACAUGUGCGUGAAGUGUUUACGGCCGUGAGCCCUUGCGGCGGGACUCCAACGGGGACCAGGCUAAAUCAUAUCCUGAAACCGUACUUGAAGGGGUUUGAAGAAGCUUCGAAGAGCAUGAGCCCCGAUGAACGAGACAAUGCGGUGCGGCCGCUUAAUAUCAUCGUUAUCACGGACGGGGUGCCAACGGACGAUGUUGACAGUGUCAUCAUCCAGACAGCGAAGAAAUUGGAUAGACUCAACGCUGUGCCAUGGCAGGUAGGCAUCCAGUUCUUUCAGGUUGGAAAUGACCCCGAGGCUGCGGCGGAUCUCAAAGAGUUGGACGACGCCCUAGCUGGCCAUAACAACAUCCGUGACAUGGUCGACACUGUGCCCUGGGAUGGCACACAGGCUGGCGGCGGGCUCAAUGCGGAUGGGGUCUUAAAGGUGGUCCUCGGUGCCGUGCACAAGAAAUAUGAUCGAAAGAACGCUACUGGCGGACGACAGUAG